AUGAAAUCAUUUAAUCUAUAAUUUGGAGAUAAUCGGUAGAAUUAGAGAGAAGACAUGUUUCUUGCAAGCAUUGUUGAAAAAGUGUAAUCAGGAAAAAUUGGAUUGAUAUCAUUUAUUGAUCAAGCCCAAUUCAUUGAUUUGAUGGCUUAGAAAUACAAAAAGAAAGCAAAAGUUUAACCUGUAUUCAACAAGAUAUAUGCAGCAAUUUAAGUAAAUUUGGCUAAACAUAAGCAAUCUUAACAAAAGAUAUAAGAAGUAAGUUAUGAGAUAAAAACAAUAUCAUCAACAAGACAAUUAGGUUAUAGAGGGUCUUUUAAUAUUUCUAAUAAAAGUGGUGCUCUACUGUUACAUAAAGAUAGUAAUUUAAAAGAACAUUAUACAAAUGAAUUCAGUGAUAAGGAAAUUUAGGAUUAGUAAAUUACAGAUGAAGCAACAAAAACAGAAAGAAGCAAGAGAAAUUAUAGAUUGUCUUAGAUUACUUAAGAUAAAAAUGAAAUAAAAGGAUUUAAGACAAUAUAAACAAGCCAUGAUAAUACUUAAGAUCAAUUGUUGAAAUAAGAUAAUUUAUCAACAGCAAGGAAUGAAAAAUAAAAUUAUAAUUUAUUGACAUAAGAACAUUCAGAUUAAUCAUAAUCUUAAAUAAAAAUGGAAUCAUAACAAUCCUGUUUGAUUCCAAGUGAAAGAUUAAAGUUUGGAUUUAAUACAAACUUUACCUCUGAAAUAUCAAAUGGAUAAGUGUAAAAUAAAUCUGCAACAUUUAAUUAAUUAAAUAAUUAAUAAUAGCCUUUAACAUCAAGGAAAUAAUCAGAUGUCUUAUUAAAGUCAAUCAAAGCAAAUUAUCCUUAAUAAGCAUAUUUAAUAAGUUAAACAGAAAACAGUUAAAGAAAAACUUUGACUCCAGUUUCACAAUAAAAAAUACCAUACGGAUUAUUACCAAAUUAAAAGUAAAAUGAGAUUAAUUAAUAAUAGAAGAAUAUUAAUAAGACAGAUACAUAGUAGAUUAUUAUUAAAACAUAAAAAGGUACUCAUAAAUAAUAAUAAUCAUAAUAAGAUAUGAAAUAAUAGAAAAAAGUGCAGCAUAAACAGUAUAAUUCUUUAGCUGAAAAAUAAUAAUAAAUAAUUGAUUAAAAUAAAAUUUAGCAACAAUAACAAAUAACAUAAGAGACAAGUUUUUGUUAGCAAAAUAAUUAAUAAAGAGAUACUAGAGGAAAUUUGGAUGAAAGAUAAUAAGAAAGUCCUUAAUUUUUAAAAACAGAUAUGAUAGAAGAUAUGAUUAUAACAAAUUCUCCUUAAUAAUCACAUUAAAAAGAAAUGAGAUAAGCAAAUACAUAUAGACCAGAUACAAAUCCUUUGAAUAUAAGUGAGCAUUCUUUUUAAUCUAAGAGACAUACCUUAGAUUAAUAUGAUAUAAAUUCAUUAAUGCCUCCUUAAUCUUCAAGAACUUUAACUUCAGCCCAUAAAGAUAAAACAGAUUAAAGAAAUUCAGUUAGUAAUAAUUCAGAAACUGAUUAAAAAUAACAUAAAAAUUAGUUGACUGUAUCAUUUAAAAGAGGAUCAAAACGUAUGAAAUCUCACAAUGUUUAAGGAAAUGAAAUAGAAUUUGAUUAAUAAGAAGAAGAAAAAAAUAGAAGAUAUUCAUAAGAGAGGAUAUUUAAAAGUGAUAACAGAUUUGAAAAACUAGAAGAAGAUAGAUAUUAAUAUACAAUUAAUAAUCUAGAAUAAACUGGAAGUUCAUCUUCAUUAAAUAACUAUGAGAAUGAAAAUAAUAAUUAAAUUAAUAUUUAAGUGAGUAGAUGUGAUAAUCAAGAAAAUAUUAUAGAAGAAGAAUCUUUGGAUGGAUCUAUGAAAUAACAUUAAGCAAUCUUAUAUUCAACUCAAGAUAGAGUACAUCUUAAAAUUGGUGAUAAUUCAUAUAUUCCAUAAUCUUCUUCUAGAAGUGUAGCAAAAUCUAAUACUCCUAAUACACCUAUGGGAUCUGUAUAACAUAGUAAUAAUGGUACUGUUAAUACUAAUUAAGUUUAAAAGAAAAAGAAAUAAACAAAUUAACAUAAAAGACCUCAAUUAUCAAACGAAUAUUCUCAAACCAAGAUUUCUAUUUAAAAAUAAAAAUCAGAAGACAGUUAUUAUGAAAAAGAAUACACAAAUGAAUCUUCAUAAGAACCUGAAAGACCAAGUAGAUUAAAACCUAAAAAACUUUAAUAAAAAUUAUAGCCACCUCCAAUCUAAAUUUAACUAUAAAGGAGAAAAUCUUCAGCUUAAGUUUCUCCUAUGGAUGUAAUAUAUAUUUAUCUUAUUUAUAUUUAGCCAAGAAAAGUUGAAUAAUUAGAGAGAGAAAAACAAAAACAAAUUGAAUACUAAAAAUAAAUUGACAGAAUGAAAUUAGAAAGAGAAUUGAUGGAAUAAUAUAAAAUUCCUGAGGAUAUGCCUCUUCCAUAAAAAAAAUAAAUCAUUGAGUCUCUUAUUGGAGAAUUGUGUCAUCAACAUGAUUAAGAUGUAUAAUAUUAAGUUUCAUUAUGUAAAUUAAUAUUUAUUCUUUAGACAAUGAAAGAUAAGAUUAAAUUUAAAAUAUAUAAAAAAAUUACGAAGAAAAAAUUGAUUUUAGAUACAAUAUAGUAAAUAGUUGUUAUUAUGAAAUGGAUUAUUUAUGUGAUCAUAAAUUAAAAUUAAAAUAAAAAGAUUAAGAGGCAUAAAAAAUUAUUCAUUUAAAAUUUUAAGAUUAACACUAUAACAAUCAACCAAAAUUAAAUCUAAAUGGAGAUAAAGAAGAAGAAGAGGAAGGUUCUCCUUUUAAAAAAUAGAGUAAGUUGGUUUGUAAUUUUGAUCCAGUUGAAAUAGAAAAUCAAUUGAAGAGAAGAUGUGAAUUUGUAAAUGAAACUGAACUUCUCAAAUUUCUUAAAUCAUUUUAAUCUGAAUUUGAUAAAAAGAUUUAUCAAUGCAAUCUCGACUAUCCUUUAUAAGAUUUAAGAUAAGAUGAUAAAUAAUUCUCUAAAGGACUUAUUGCUAGAAAUUUCAAAAGAAAAUAAACAAAAAAUGUCACAUAAAAAAUCGAAAUUAACAAUUAUUAAAUGGACAUGAAUAAAAUUUAAUAUGUUAAAGAAAAAGCUACAAAAAUCUAAAAACUAGGUAUAUAUCUUUUAAUGAAAUCUUGA